AUCUAUGUCCGACCAUAAAUCGCUAACAAAAUGAAGUUAACUGCAACUCUCGUGUUUCUCAGCGCUCUAAUCGGUUGCUCUCAAGCCAUUGCUGGCGGCGAGGAUGCCGUUUUGGGUCAGUUGCCCUACCAGGCGGCACUCUCCAUUGGUGGUUCCUACAACUGCGGUGCGGUGAUCAUUGCUGAGCGUUAUGCGCUCACAGCACUCACCUGCGUCUGCUCCGCCGGCAAGGAUACGGCUUGGCCACCACAGCUAUUCAUGGUCUCUGCUGGCUCUGUCGAUCUUUACAAUGCCGCUCAACGCAUACGCGUCGAGGAAAUCACCCUCAGUCCCGACUACAAUGAACUGAAGACCGGCGUCGCUCUGCUGCGUCUGGAGUCAGCUUUCGUCUUCAACAGUGAUGUGAGUGCCUUGCCUCUGGCCCGCGAGAAUCCUCCAGUGGGCGCCUAUGUGGAUGUCUCUGGCUGGGGACGCACUAAGCAAACCGACACCGACAUGUACCGCACCCUGCAAGUUGGCACCGCCAUCGUGGAGGCUGACCGCGAAUGCAGCCUGGUCGACAAUGUGAUCGUGGACAACGAUCAGGUGUUGUGCCUGGGACAUGGCAGACGUCAAGGCAUUUGCACCGGGGACAUUGGCGGCCCAGCUGUCUAUCUGGGAGAACUUGUUGGCCUCGCCGCUGAUAUGCUUGGCGAAUGCGGUGGCAUGUUGCCUGAACGCUUCAUCAGCAUUGCUUCCAACUACGAUUGGAUUCAAAAGCAGAUGGAAUAA